UUCUAUGGGCUGGCAUCGGCAAUCUUUGGAUUCCAGGUUGGUACCCAAAUUUAAGACCAAAUAGUCCGAAAGUUCCCAUUUCUAUCUCUCUCCUCACUCUCUCUCUCUCCAUAGACCACGAGCUUCCCAGCAGGAGCACAUCUUUCAAUCUCCAGAAGAUCUCCAGACACAACAAAACCUUUUGGAAAAAGCUUCUUCACUUUUUAUGCUUAUGUUAGUUUAUAUACAUAUAUUGUCAUAUCUCUGCAUCUAAUCCAACAUCAAUGGGUUAUCUAUCUUGUAAAGCUGAAUCAUCCAUUUCAAUCUCCGAUUCUCAAACGCCAACCUCUUCCAAGAAAACCCAGCAAGAAAUCGAAAAGCCCAUCAAAAUCCAACAAUUCGAGUACAGUGACCUUGAAGCAGCCACCAAUGGCUUCUCCGACCAGAAGCUUCUCGGCAGAGGCAGCCAUGGCUUGGUCUACAAAGCCGUCCUCCGCGGCGGCCGGCUGGUCGCCGUGAAGAAACCCUCCAGAGGCAGCCUCUCAGCUCCUCGCUUUUCCACCUCUUCGGCACCCGAAAGCGCCAACGAAGUCGAGAACGAAAUCGACAUACUCUCCAAACUUCACAGUCCGAGACUCGUCAAUUUGGUGGGUUUCACAAGCGAUUCUCGUGAUCGCCUCUUGGUGGUGGAGUUCAUGAGCAAUGGAACCCUGUACGAGGUUCUUCAUUCCAGUCCUCGGCCACCCAAUUGGGGCCGAAGAAUUCGGCUCGCUCUUCAAACAGCAAAAGCCAUCGACACCCUCCAUUCCUCUGUCCCUCCGGUGAUCCACCGUGACAUAAAGUCAGCAAAUGUGUUGAUUGAUCGGAAUUUCAAUGCCCGGUUGGGUGAUUUCGGGUUGGCGCUCCGGUGCCAUGUCGAUGAUUUCCGGCUCCGAUCAACUCCACCGGCUGGCACAAUUGGGUACCUUGAUCCAGGGUAUGUGACUCCUGAUAAUUUGAGUACUAAAACUGAUGUGUUUAGUUUUGGUAUAUUGUUGUUAGAGAUUAUUAGUGGUAGGAAAGCUAUUGAUGUUGGGCAUUCACCACCUUCAAUUGUGGAUUGGGCAAUUCCACUUAUAAGAAGGGGUAAGCUUUUAGCUAUAUAUGAUCCGAGGAUUCCGCCUCCGAAGGAUCCUUCGUUGAGGAAGCAAUUGGCAGUGAUUGCUGCUAAGUGUGUGAGGUCUUGUAAGGAACGGAGGCCCUCAAUGAAGGAGGUGGCUGAGAGUCUUGGUGCCUUGAGUAAAUUGGUUCCUCUUCAUUCAUGGAAUGGUUUUAGCAAUCCCUGUUUGAUGGUUGAGACAGUGGGACGUCCGGUGGAAUCAGGGAAUGCCCAAUUGAAUUCGAGGCCAAAGGGUGUUGAAGAUGGUGGGGAUGCUGUAUGUGCUCGGCCAUUGAGGAAUUCGCGGAGAGUGUACUCUGAUUUAGGUUUCAGGAAUAAUUUGAUGGAUCUCAUGGCUGGAAAUGAUGAAUUUCGGGGGGAGGAUGAUGGAGCUGAGCUUAAAUCAAAAUCGGCAAAUGGGGGUUCUAGUUUUAGAAUUGCUAGUGAAAGGUUUGUUGGCAGGAGCUCUCGGACUGUGGUUCGUGGUAAUGAGAAAGGCAGUGGCUUUCGCAUGAGGCGAAACCAAUCAGUUGGUGAAAGUUCAGAAUUAUACUCAAGAAGAGUUGACAUGAUCAUUCGAUCGAGUUCUAGUGCUCGAGCAGCUGACUUUAGCUAGUUUGAUGCAAAAUUCUGUUGAGAGCAUUUGCAGUCUCUAGCCGAUUUGACAACCAAGCGAAGCUAAAGAGUGCCAGCAGUCGAAACUGUUAAAUAAUCUACAGCACAAGAAACUUCUUUUGUUAACUAAAGCCAUUUGGAUUCUGAGGGCCAUUAAUUAGCAAGACAAUUGGAGUUCAAUUAUCAAGAUAGUGAGAAGCUGGCCCAGAUAACUCACACCCCCAAAACUGGAGAGGGAUGGUGUCUCUAGCUACCAACAGUAAGUAUGAAACUAUAUAUUCCUUUCCUCAUAUCAAGGCUUUACAGCUAAUGUAUAUUCAUUUCCAUGUGCUUCUCCUCUUGACAUGCUGAUAUCUCACUUCUCACAUGUAUUUGUGUAUCAUAUAUGAAUGUUUGACCUGAGCACAGCUUGAAUGGAUUGGCAUCAACUAGUGGAGCACUCCAGACCGUUGAUCCUCACCUUUCGAUCAGUAAGUCCUCUUUUUAAGCAGCCCCGAUGCAUUGACUUUUUUUUUUGGAUAAAAUUUAACCUAGGCCCACUAAUUAUUAUUUAAAAAAAAAAAAAAUUAUGAGAGAAAGUGCUACUUUUUUAGAGAAGGGGAAAAGGGUUUUCAUCAUAAUGGAGGAAAAUGGUGAAUUGUUCUACUUGGUAGGAUAGUAAAAUGUCAAAUGCACUCAUUUCCUCAACUGCAUGUUCUUUGUUUGUACAUUGAUGGAGCAUCUUGUUGGAUUGUUGUGAUGCAGCUUGUUUAGUCUAUUCAACUGUGGAUAUAAAGUCACCCAACACUAUUAUUCUUUUGUACUUGUUCAGGAAUAAAUAAAAAUAUAAAUCACUAGCACUAGUAUAAAAAAUAAGGUUUUUGAAACUUCUCUUCCUACCUUGUAGAAAAGGCCUUGACACCAUUGUUUUGGUUGAAGGAAAAGUAAAUUCAGGUUUCUAUUUAUCUUGUUUGCCUAAUGACAAUUAAGUACGUGUGACAUAAUUAUCUUGUGUUUUGUUAAUUAAAUAUACAUUUUCUUAGAUUGGGCACCCAGGAUUUGUGCAUACUUUUGUGGAUUUGGUGUUUGAAACUGAGACUAAAUCCAUUUUCAGAUGCAGGUUCAUCCAACUAAUCAAUCUUUUCUUGGUUCUGUUUCCAUCUCUCUGGCUCUCUCAUUAUUAUUAAUAAUUAUUUUUUUUUUGGAGACGAUGGUUGUGUUGGGCCUCUUAUAGCAUCCCAUAAUCACCACCAAGGGCAUGUGGUUCUGUAAUUUAUA